AGACAUAAUGCAACUCCUACAAAUUAUGAUGGUGAAUGUUGCUAUUUAAACGGCACGGAAUGGCACAGGAGGAAAUCUACUCCACCCACCUCUUAAACUUCCUUUACUAUAAAAUGAUCACAUCGACACAGAGAGUCGCAUUUGAAGGAGUGGAGACAUAGAUACUUUAACACUGGUAAAAUAAGAAAGAUGUUACAAGAUAUAAGAACGUAUACUGCUAUUUUACUGGGCAUAUUAUGUCCAUGUUUGAUGAGCAAUGCUGAAACAGAUAGCAGACGUGGUAGAAGUUUGCUGAAUGCAGAUUUGAAUGGCGUGCAAAGAAUUACGUGCCUGAUCGAUCCAAACAUAAAAGGAUGUUUUAAAAGAAAUUCGAAUGACAUAUUACAACAAAUCAACGAUUUACUAGACCGCCAAGACUCCUUCCAAGAUGAUUUAAAUGGAUUGGAAAAUAGCAAAACAGACUCAAACGAUUUAGGGAUUGCUGAUGCACUUAAAAAUGACGACCAAGAAUUCAGCCAAUCAAGUGUUGACAAUGCCUUCAUCUCUAUUUCGAAGUAUCUGCUAAAUAACGCUAUGAACAAAAGGGAUAAUAUGGCAUUCAAACCAUAUAAAAUAUGUCGCUCCUCCUGGACACGGUCGCAGUGCCAUGCCUACCUACAUAUAAUGCUCCAUAGGCGACCAACGAUGGUUUAACUUCACAAUCCAGAGAACUGUCCAAUUGAACCAAUUCUUUGAUGUGCAAUGUAUGGCACGAUUAAGAUGCAAUUCAAGGAAUUUCAAAUUUUGGUUUCACUUCUAGCCACACAUAUUUUGAUUUUGGUUAUGAAAUAGUCUCAUUUUAUUAUAAAAAGAUUUUCGGCAUUUUUUGAUCAUUUGAGGGUAGGUUUAUAGGCUAACGUUUAAGCGAUUGUACAAAUAUUGUCACAACCACGAGUGGUGACAUAUUGUUUUGUGGAUGGUGUUCGGUAGGCGGCGUUCGGCGGUGGGCGAUCUGCGUAUGUAAUAAAUGGUGGUGACAUUUUUGCAUGUUAAUGCCUUGU